AUGUAAGCCAUGAUUAGGGGAAUGAAUGGGAAGAAAAAUGAGAAAUAAAAAUAAGAGAAAGAUGAGAAGAUCGAUUCUUAAAAGCCAUAAGAUGUAAUUUAAGAUGCAGUCUAAAAUUCAUAAAAUAACAUUAGAAAAAAAUGA